UUUGCGUGCAUCAACCAAUCGCUGACGCGGAAAGAGAAGAACCUCUGCCCAUUUAGCGCACUUAUUUGUCUCGUCUGUGACGUACCAGCAGGCUUUGUGUUCUUUCAAUAUAUCACAUUGAGUAUAUUUCCUUAUAGACUAUAAUCCGGAUGAGGUGGUUGUAUAAACGCCAGUCUUGACGUUGGAGCUGAAUGCUGUCAGAGCCCGGUGAAUAUUGUUGAGGGUCUUCUUUUCAAACAUAAACAUGGAUGCGGAUUUGUUUAUGGAGUGCGAGGAGGAGGAGCUGGAACCAUGGCAACAGCAAAAUUCAAUGGAUGAUUCAGGGGGAAAUGCAGAAAGCAGUACUCCCACUGUGUCUUCAACUCCCGCCGCGAAGGUUGAUAUUCCAGCUGAGCCUAAAACCGUGGUGAUCCCAAACCUACCAACUGUAGUAAAUACAGCAAACACAGUUCCGCUGAUCACAAAUACAUUGACUCAACGUGUAGUUCCUGCCGCUGUCCCGGCGGAUAUUCCUAAAGCAGUGCAAGGGCAGCAGGUCAUCUUGGCGCCGGGAGGAGGAGGGCUUGGCACUGUGGCUCUGUCACAGAUUCUUUUGCCUGGCACAACUCAGAUGGCCAAUGCUGCCAACAGUCAGCCGAUUUACUUUACCACACAGGGUCUUCCUGUCCAGAAUAUCCAUCCUGUGCAGCCUGGCCAGAGCCCAAUGAGUUUGGUACUGAAUGUCCAACAGGGCCAGACUGUUCGUCCCAUUACAUUAGUCCAAGCACCUGGCACACAAAUUUUCAAACCAGCUGUUGGAGCAACCCAAAUAAUUACCCAGCCAGCUCAGAUAAGGACUGGAGCUCCCGUUGCAAACAGAGUACAAACGCCCAGCACUUUUAGCACCAUGCAGAUACCUGCUACUCUCACCAUUCGUACCACAACAGCAGUCGCCCCUCCUGCAGCCAGUUCUCUGCCCACCAUGUCGUCUACAACAAUUACCCAGCCCUCCGCAGCACGAACCACGACUAAAAUCUUGACAAUAAAGCCAGGAAAUGGACCCUUGGACAUGCAAAAUAUAAUGAGCCUUGUGAAAUCAGUGAAUCUUCCUGGUGGGGCUCAAGCGCAGACAUUUGUUGUCAUGAGCAAUCAAAAGACCAACAAUGGCCCUAUAGUUUCCUCUGCUGUACCUGUCAUGACACAAAAUGUUGUCCAAACAAUCCCUAUUACACAUACAACAGCAUCAACAACUACUCAUUUGUGUCCUCGUUGUGGAGCUCAGUUUAAAAUGAUUGAGGCUCUACGGAGUCAUAUGUGUUUCUGCUGCCCAGAUCUGGCCCAGACUGACACGAACAGUACUGCAACUGCUGUGAGCACUCCAGCCACACCGCCUAAAAGCCUCUCUGUUGUGCCCAGUAUCAAGCAGGAUAGCCCACCUACAAAGGCCGGAGAUACCCAGAACAGACUUGUCAUGCUGGUGGAUGAUUUCUACUAUGGCACAUUUGAAGGGAAUCGAGUCUAUGUACCAAUGGACAACUCAAAAGAACCAUUGUCAUUCAAAUGCCUCACCUGUAAUAAGAGACUGAAGAAUAAUAUUAGACUAAUGAAUCAUAUGAAGUACCAUGUUGAGCUGGAGCAGCAAAAUGGGGAGAUGGACACACACACAUCCUGCCAGCACUGUUUCCGACGCUUUCCCACACCAUUUCGUCUUCAGUGUCACCUGGAGAGUGUCCACACUGCUAUUGAGUCAUCUACCAAGUGUAAAAUAUGUGAGUGGUCCUUUGAGAGUGAGCCAGUGUUCCUGCAGCACAUGAAGAACACCCACAAACCUGGAGAGAUGCCUUAUGUGUGCCAGGUGUGUGAAUACCGCUCCUCCUUCUACUCGGAUGUGUUUAACCACUUUCGUACUUGGCAUGAGGAUACCCGCCACCUCCUGUGCCAGUACUGCCUUAAGGUUUUCAAGCAUUCCACCAGUUACCAGCAGCACUAUAAUCGUCACCAGAAGUCAACAGUUUACCACUGUAACAAAUGCCGUCUUCAGUUCCUGUUCACAAAAGACAAAGUUGAGCACAAAAUCAAUCACCACAGGACUUUCCGAAAGCCUUGUGAAUUGGAGGGACUCCAGCCUGGGACAAAAGUAACCAUUAGGGCAUAUGUUGGGCUUAAGAAGUCGCCAGGUCAGGCAUCUUCAAAAUCAUCUACUAACAUUCAGAAAAAUAGUAAUAGCAGUACACAAACUUGUAGUGGUGACCAGCAAUCACAAAGACAUGGACCUGGAAAGAAACAGGUCAGCAAGAUGUUUGACUUCUUGUCCAGGUUCCAAGAGCAGAGGGCACUGAUGGGCAGACAUAAGUGUGUGGAGUGCACUUUUGACAUCCCAGACUUUGCAAAUCACUACCCUACUUAUGUUCACUGCUCACUCUGCUUCUAUAGCACUUGCUGUUCUCGUGCUUAUGCAAACCACAUGAUCAACAAUCAUGUUCCUGGAAGAGUCCCAAAAACUUCUAAAAAGGGGCCACCAAGUGGUGUGAAGCUGAGCUGUGCAGGUUGUGAAUACUCCACUGCUCUAGGGAACUUGAUGGCCAAACAUCUCAUUAAGUUCCCUUCUCACUCCUACUGUAUCUUCACUCGUAAAGAGUGUUUGGAGACAGAUAUUGAGUUCUGCCAGGUUGAGGAGGAGGUGGAGGGUCCACAAGGGGAUGAAGCUAGUGAUGUUGGGACACAGCCUGACUGGUUGUCCAUGAAGCAGUGGAGUGUGCCCAAAGAGGAAGGAACUGUGCCAGAAUUCAUGGACAGUUGUGGCCCGCAGCAUAUAAUGGCCAGGAAUAGCGAUGUCCUCGACUACUUCCAGCUUAUUUUUCCCGACAUCCUUUUUGAGCAGAUUGUUUUUGAGACCAAUGCCUAUGCCUCUUAUUGCUGCUCUCUGGGGCAGGGGGACCCUUCCUGGAAACCCGUGUCUGUAGAGGAAGUCAAAGGCUUCUUUGGACUCUCUAUCCUCAUGGGCAUUCAAGGCCUGGGGGAGCCAGAGUUAUACUGGUCCUGGGACCACCACCAUGGCCGCUAUGGCUCCAGAACAUGGGAGCUCUUUUACAGGACCAUGUCAGUCGAACGCUUCAAACAGAUCGGCACUCACAUCCGAAUGAGCAGCAUGCUUGUGGAGAAUGAUAACCAGAGUGCUGACAAGUUGUCCUUUUUUCAGCCCAUGCUGAGCAUCCUGCAGACAAGCAUGCGAGACGCCUACAGGCCAAACAAAUGUCUGACAGUCGAUCAAGCUUUUCUACCGAGCCAUGACAAGGGAAUCGCUCAGGAGAAGAGUAAAAAUAACCAGCCGAGGAUAUGGCUACUGUGUGACUCAAAGUCAGGCUACUGCCAUAAACUGCUGGUCUUAACGCGUCAGGAGAAAAACAAAGACCUGGGAAAAUCAGUUGUUUCACAACUCAUAGAGGGCCUUGAGGGUAAACAUCACCACAUCUUCUUGUCCAGCUCACUUGCGUCUGUGCCACUCAUGAAGGAGCUGUAUGAUGUUGGAAUAUUCUGCUCCAGCUCCGUCCUCCCUCAAAGUCCAGUUUUGCCCAAGGAGUUUUGGGAUGAACCUCUGCUGAAAAAUCAAGGAGAUUUCCAACAGUAUGAAUUCGCCCCACUUCUCGCCACCAGAUGGAAAGAUAACAAGCAGCUGGUAUGUCUCUCCACAAAUGCUGAUGCAGGACAUCCGGACGUGGUGUGGAGGAGAUCUCCCACUAAGAUAGGAGAGCUUUGUGCUGUUGAAAGACCCCAGGCCUUCAAGCUGCUCCAGGACAACAUGCGUGGUGUCGACAUCUGUAAUCAGCUCCUGACGUGCAACCAACUUGGCGGGCUGGUUCUCGACACCAAUUGGCGGCGUCUCUUUUGGUUUCUUGUCAACUUGAGCAUCAUCAACUCUUUCAUUGUCCUACGGGAGACCCGCAAAGACAGUCCACCUGGGUGGCUUCAAGGGGGGCAUUUCUCCCAGGCCAUCUACCGUAAACGUCUGGGGUACCAGCUGGCCAAGUGUGCUGCAAGAUUUUCUCGCCAGAACCAAGUCCACGAUAGCAUGCAGCAGAUUGUAAAAAAAGAAAAUCCGGACAUGCAAGAAGGGGUCAGACAUCGAUUAGCCAAACUUACCCGUAGGACAAGGAGAUGUAAAGUUUGCAACCUAAAAAACAUGCGUCAUGAGAGUGUAUAUGGCUGCACAGCGUGCCAUGUGAAUCUGUGCAAACGUUCUUGCUGCUUCUGGGACUUCCAUGGUUUCUCACCUAAUUUCCAAGGUAACCCAAAGGUGGGAUUCGUUGACACCAAGAGGGAAGGCACAGAGCCUGGACUUAAAUACAGAACUGAAAUGUUGGAAAGAGGCCUGAAAAGAUCUUCAGCCGACAUCAAAAACUCAAGUGGCGCCGAUGUUGGUCUAGAUGAAGACGUGGACCAGGAAAUGGCCCCUCUGGAAGAUGAAGAUACUGACUCAGACUCUGAGAAGACUGAAAGCGAUGAAGACAUGCCACAUGAAACAGCGGCUAGACAGGAGGUAGAGGUAACAGUAACCAAUACACUUACACCACCUGUGAAAAACAGAGAGGAGACUCUGUCUAUUCAUCAGCGUCGAAUACUACUCCUUGCACUGUGCUCUGGGGUCCAGAAAGCGGCUAAAGAAAUGGACACCAAACAUCAGCUCAUCAAGACUUGGCUUCAAGACAAAGAGGAUCAAUUAAAUGAAUGCAGCAGCACGAGCUGUGGAGAGGCCGUUGAUCGUCUGGUGGAGUGGGUUUUGACUCAACGGGAACAGCAACGUCCAAUCAAUGAGGCAAAACUAUUUGAAAAAGCUUCAGAGCUCCAAAGCCAAACCAAUGAGAUAAAUUCUUUCCGUAUUUCAUACGAAUGGGCUGUGAGCUUCAUGAUACUGCACAAAUUGGGCUUAGAUACCCCUUUCACAGUAGAUCGGGAACUCCCUAACGCCAUGGAGGAAAACUGCCGUCACUACACAGAGUUGGUCCACAGUAAAAUAAAGACAAACAACAUUCCACAGUGUGUCUUUGGUGCUAUGGACCAGCUUUCUGUUUUUGUGGACUUUAAAAUUCUGAAUGAGAAUACCAGAAUAAACAGAGAGACUGCUUUUCAGUUUACUGGGUUUGGGAAGCCCUUCAUAAAGAUUUACCUUUCAAUGCUCGCAAAUGGUACAAUGCUACCUGCAGUGCUCUUCACAAGUCAGAGCACAAACGCGCUGAGCAAAAGCCCACCAGACUCAAUCCUACUUAUGGCCAAGGAGGAAGGUUUCAGUGCAGCAGAAGAGCUAGAAAUUUGGGCCACCAAAGUGUGGAAGCAGCAUCUUGACUCACAGAAUGAAAAUGAUGCCCUGCUGGUUAUGGAUAGCCAUCAUAGCCAAACAUCUGAGAGCAUCAUAUCCACAGUCAGUAGCAACAGAACCUUCCCCGCCAUAGUUCCAGCUGGCUGUACGGGCAGACAUCAACCUCUAGAGAUGUGUGUACGCCCUGUGCUGCAAAGGUUACUUCUAGCUCGUUGGGCACAACAACCUAUCAACUGUGCAUCUGGGGUUCAGCGUAAAGAUCUGGUGGAGCUUCUCAUAUCCUGGUUGGAAGAGGCCAUGUCUUGCUUCUCUGGUAGGCCUGAAUUUAUUCAACACUCAUUCUGCAUGGCUCGCCUGCUUCCUGAUCAGGAAGCACAUACGAAUUUGCCUGGUUCACCUUUGGAGCUAUUAAAUAUGCUGUCGGCGGCCACACUUGAAACUGAAGUUGUAGAUCUUGACUCAGAAGAAGAAGAGCCAAUGGACGCACACACUGUAGACAAAGUGAGCCAAGUAACAGAGAAAAUUGAUUUGACACAGGAGCCAGAGGAUGAAGUCAGUCAAACAAAGGAUGAAGACGUAAUGCCAAUUGAAAUAAAAAACACAGAACAACAAAAGAAAAGAACUGAUGAAUGUUUAGAAAUUGCAAGUGAAUCCACAGAUGUCUCACAUUCAUCCCCUGAAUCAGAGACUCAUUCACACAACUCUGAACAAGAUCAGUUCUCAGAAUCUGGUCAGGAUGCUAACGCUUACCAGACGGACUCGGCAAACAGGUGAUAACUGAUCUACAGAGACAUGGUGAAGUUGAACAGAAUGAUUUGAAGUCAGACAAACCUAUUUAGGCUGAAUGUGACUGGAUAUUUAAUUUACAUCCUACUGUGUUGUGGAGUGAAAAUGUAAAAAUAUUUUUUUUUAUUCUAAAUGCUGUAUAGAUUUACAGGAUAGACAUUGCAUGAUUGAUUUUUGCAAAGUUUUAUACUGUUCGCUCUUUAUGUUUAUUCACUAGCAUAAAACGAUCCAAUAGCUCCCACAGUGUUAGGAUUUUUUUGUUUGUUUAUGGACCGAUAUUAUUUACGUUUCAAUUCGACACACUCUGAAAGUUAAUCAGCGUUUUUGCGCCUGCUUAAGUUUCAGUCAUUCUGAAGCUGUAAGGCCUCUACACGAAUGUCCUGCUAUCACAGUUCAUGUGAUGUCAAUCUCGUCAUCAUGUGCCUAACUGGAGGUUGAGUAUCACAAAGCUUGCUUCAAGCGUUUGCGAGACAAAGCAGAAGGCAGAAAAAUAAUCUAACACUUAAUUACUCAAAUGGGUUUUUGGAUAAGUGCCAUUUAAAAUAGUUUAAUUCAGUAACCAAUUACUAUAGCUCUUGAAGUUAGAUAGGCCAUUACAGAACAAUACAACUUUUAUUUCAUAGCUUUACAGACUCUAUUACAUUAUAUUGCUGUUCUAAAGUUCAGCAUGUUGGCUGGCAGCAGGCUCAGACUGUCUUAAAGUUCUUCCAUUUUGGUUAUUUAUCUACUUCCAGACUGAAUAAACAGUGAGACGAGCUGAAGAGUCUUAGCAUUGCUAUUGCAGCAGCAGCAGUGAAUGGAGUGGGAUCAGUAUGUACAUUAUAUUCAGUAUUGAUUUCAGCAUCUGAAUUUACCGUAGCAACCACAGGAUGGUGUAACAACACUCCAGGUGUCAUUCACUGACAUUCAAUUCAGAGAUGUUCUGUAGCACAUUACUGGUGCCCUUUCAUCUUUGUAAAGGCUUACUUUUAUUUCAUCUCCAUUGGCUGCAACAAUUUUGUAUGUAAUUUACAUGUACUAAAUAGUGGGGCUUUAUGUAAACAGUCUGAUUAUGAAGGUAAGUGGGAGUUCAUGUAACUGGGGGUCUUUUGGAUGUUGUUUUAAUGAAAAUGUAAAAUCUGAGGUAAAAGUGUUAUGUGUGUAACUUGGCAUUUUUGACUAUUCCUCAUGAAUAAAAUGUAAAUAAACUCA